GCUUUGCGGGGUCAAGGGUGAGCCGUAUGAGUGGGAGGGUGUCAGGAGGAGGGGGAGGUUGUCUGGGCUGCCAGACGGGCCCGGGUCAGAGCCCGGGGCAGGGGAUGUCUGGGAGUGGAGAGGCCCAGCGUCCAGGUUCCUCUGGGGACCCGGGAUUCCAGGCCUCGGCCCCCUCCUCCCUCAGAGUCCACCUUCCAGCCGCUUACCCAAAUUCCACAAUCCGAAGCUCUAGCUGAGGUGUGCCCAGGACCCAGGAGCCUGGGCCACCCAGCUGCUUCUUGGCUCUGACCCGAGAGUCCACUCUCCGGCCACCACCUCCUGCCCAGAAGCAAGGCCACCCUCCCAUUCCCUCCUCCUUUAGAACCUAAGAGUCAGAGCCCCAAGCAUUUUUCUUCUUAGCUGCCAGGACUGGGGGAAUAGGUGGGGGGCUCCUUACCAGGAACCACGAGUCCCCCACCCCUUCUUAGCCCCAACUGGAGCCCAGCCCUCCAGGGGUUAAGGGGGCGGGGCCAGUUGGUUGCUAUGGUGCCAGACUGUUUGGGUCUGCUCUCUGACCCUUGGGGGCUCCCUAGGGUCUGCAAAGAGGGGGAGGGGACCCAGGCCCAGGGGAAAGUCCAGUGCCUACCCCUUCCCCAAAGCAAGCCUGUGAACCCAAAGGAGAUGCACCCAUGCCUGGGGCAGUGACCUUGAACCAGCCCGGAACCUUCUCUCCGAGCCUCAGUUUCCCCUUUGAGGAGAAACUUACUGGGUGUGGGAGAGAUGCUCUGGUCUGGAGAAUCUUUAAGAUUCUCGUUUCCCCGCUUUCCUCACCCCCCUCCUCAGGCCCCAGGCAGCCCCGGGGCAUGCUGGGAACCCAGGCCUGGGCUCUGGGCCAGGUUGGUUGGGGGGGGGGGGAGCCUCCUCCCUUCCCCUUCCUCCCCACCUUGGCCUGACUCUCGCCCCGCCUGAGGGUCUGGGAGGUUGGCAAGGAGGGAAAGGAAGACUUGAGCUGGGGCCGCAGACCCGUCUCAGGCCCCCGCCUCCCGCUUUGCUUCUCCGCCCCCUUCCCGCCUCUCCUCCCCCCCUCCUCAGCAGGUCGCUACCCCGGCUCAGGGCCCCUUCUCGACCCACCCCCACUCCACUCCCAGCUCCAGACCUGGCUCUGAGCAGCGAGGGGGAGGGAGAGAGAGAGGGAAGGAGAAAAAGAGAGGGGAUGGGGGAGGGGAGGGAGGAGAGAGAAGGAGACCUGGGAGGGAAGGGGGAAAGGGGGAGAGAAAGGGAGAGCGAGAGAGACCCUGGAGAGGAGACUGGAAGAUGCGAGGAGUGUGGAGGCUAGACUGAAUAAAAAAGCGGGGAGGAAAAGAGAAGAGGGAGACAGAAAUUCAGAUAAAGAGAGAAAACGAGAGACAAAGCCAGGAAAGGAGGAGGCGAAGGAAGACAGUGAAGGAGAGGGAGAGACGCGAGAGGUAGAGAUGGAAGACAGGAGGUGAGGAAGAGCAGAGGGGCAGCCAGAACAGAGACGAGUGAGGACCAGGCGUGCAGAUAGGGCUGGAGAGGAGAGCCUAGACAGGGAAGAUACACACCGAGAAAGAAAGAGGGAGAACUGGGAAUGGGCAGGGAAGAAAAACGGGCGGAGAGAAACAAGAUGGACAUGGAACCUGGGAGCCCCAGAGGACCAGUUCUGAGCUCGGCCUCAGGGUGGGUGCUUAUCCUAGGGCCCCUCCCACCUGCAGCCGACUGACUUUGGCCAAGUGGUUUCCGGGCUCAGGGGUGCAGGUAACAGCCUCACCCCUGAGUUGGAGGAGUCUAGGAGACAGGACCCUGGUUGGUGUCAUUACUCCUGGGUCAUAGCUGUCACCCUAAAGGUUCAGCGUGGGGGAAAGGUAGAAGAGACGGAUUGUUCUGAGAGGCACUCCUGGUACCCAGGAGCCCUUAAGCUCAGGUCUGGGGGUCUGAAACCUUGAGGGGUUUCAGGAGGGAGGGCAGAUUACCAAGACAAACGAGGCCCUCUCCCUCCAGCACUCCAAAAGCCAGCUCUCUUCCCAGGGUGCCUCCUUUGAGGGACAUUCCUGUGGUUGUACCCAGGGUCUGGGGGCGGGGGAUUGACCCCUGGAUCUGACAGAGAACUGAGUCUGAGGGCUCUUGUGUGUGGAGCACUGGAUCUGAGGGAGGAUUGGGACCUGGACCUCUGACUCUGUGGUAGGAAGUACACCUGGAUCUGAAGGGGCCUGGAGUCUGGAUCCCUGGCUUUGGAGGAGGGGGAAUGGGGCCUAGAUUGUGCCAGAAGAGCUGGGACUGAAUUCCUGGGUUCCUUGGGGAGGAGGAGGGGGCCGGGGGCCCGGACUCCUGGGUCCUGGCACCCACCCGUAGAACCGACCUUGCGGGGCCUUCGCCGCACACAAGCUCGUGUCUGUGGGUCCGUGUCGGGGGCUCACCAUCGCGGCUGGGACCUCCCCGGCCCUCCCCACCCUCCUUACUUCUCUUGGUCCCCCAUCAUUCCAUCUGUCAAUCUGCCCACCUGCCGCGCCCCCCGGGCUGAGGUAGGAGGUUGUAUAGUUGAGGAAGACACCCGAGGAGAUCACUAUACGGCCUCCUAGCUUUCCCCAGGCUGCGCCCAGCACGGGAAGGGGCCGGCGGGGACCCCAAGUUCACACCACUGCCCCAGAGUUCCUGGGAGGAGCUGGGGUGUCUUCUCUGUCCACACCCUGUGUCCUAGCUCUUUUCUUUGCCGUCUCUCUGCCAUCAGGAGAUUUCCACGUUUUCUGUCUCUGUCUCUUACCCCGCUGUCUCCGGGGUUCUAGAAGCUUCUGUUUCUCUAGUGCUGUGAAUCUAUCUCUGUGACAUUGUGGGUCUCAGGGCCUCUUGGUAUCUCUCCAGGUUUCUCUGUCUUUGCCCAUUUUCUGUCUUCAGGGACUCAGCGUAUCUGUGUUUCUCUCUCAUUUCCCUGCUCCCACCUCUGGGGAAGAGGGCUUUUCUGGUCCACCAUAGCUAAAUUGCCGGCCUCUGGGUCCCUGAGACCCUUUAACCUGUGAGGACGUCCAGGGUCACAGGUGAGGUUCUUGGGAGCCUGGCGCCUGGCUCAGCCACAAAUGUAGGGAUUGCAAGUGACCCCUGACAACCUUCCUCUAGAUGGAGCCUGGCACUUGACCACCAGCUGAAAGACAAUCUCUGAUCUUAGGCCACAGCUCCCCCUCCCCCACAGUGACCUCACAAAGGUUACUAGCUUCUCCUCAGACCCAGAGACCCUCUGAGAUGGCCCUUGUUGCCCUGGUGGGGAGCACUGUCCUGUUCCCACUGAUCUUCAGGGCAUCCACGUGGGCCUGUCUCUUCUGCUUCACUACCCAUGAGGAACGCCUCCGUGUCUGCCGGAUGUUUGUGGGCACAGAGGGCUCCAAGCUGGGCCAGUGUAAAGAUGCCCUCACGGCUGCCUUUGAGGGUCUCUCAGACAUGGAAAUCAACUAUGAUGAGCGGAGCCACCUGCAUGACGCCUUUACACAGAUGACCCUCUCCCUCCAGGAGGUGGCUGCAGCUCACGGGUCCUUUAAGGCUGCUUUCCCUAGUGCUGCAGCAAAAAUGAAGAGGACCAUUCAUCACCUUAAAAAAGUCCAGGACUGCAUCCUUCCUUGUGGCGUCCAGGAGGCCACUAGGCGUUUCCACUGCUGGGGCUGCUUCUCCACAAUCUGUGACCUCCCUCUAGACUGUCCAGUUCAAGACGUGACGGUGAAGCGAGGGGAUCAGGCUUUGUUUUCUUGUAUCGUGGGGUUCCAAUUGCCAGAAUCGGAGCUCACUUACUCCUGGAAAUUCGCGGCAGGAGGUCUCCGGACUCAGGACGUGUCCUACUUCCGUGAUGUGCCAGGCGCCCACGGGUACCUGGCGCGAAUCGGGCCAGUGCAACCCACGCACCGGGGGACCUUCUCCUGCGUGAUCCUGCACGACCAGCGCCCCCUGGCGCGGCUCUACUUCUAUCUGAACGUGACUGGCCCUCCUCCUCCUGGGGAGACUGAGCUCCAGGUCACGUUCCGGGAAGUGAUGAAUUGGACGCCGCGGGAGGCGGAAACGAUCGAGCCCUGGAGGCCCGGCCUAAGCGAACUGCUUGCUCGGCCCUCGGCUCUGACGCCUGGCAUCCUGUUCCUGAUCGCGGCAAUCGCUGCGCUCGUGUCUGCUAGUGUCACUGUGCUAGUGUGGAGCAAUGUGACCAGCUUUCUCAAGCUUCUGAAUCCAUUCCUUCCCUAUCAUGAUGGACUGCACCCUCAAACUGUGAGCGAGAAUAAACCCUUCUUUCUUUAAGUUCCUUUGGUCUGGUAUUCUGUGGCAGCAACAAAUAUACAAAUGGAUAGAGUGAAUGAGCACUGUAUUGGGUGUGUAUGCAGAUGCACAUACCAUUUAACAAAAGAAACACACCAAAGGAAUAAAAAAGGAGGAAUCAUUGUAUCAAAUGGAUGGAUAAGAUUGACUAAAUAUCCAUAUUAAAUCAGUUCAUCUGUGGUUGAUGAAUGAAUGAGUGAAUGGAUGAAUUAGAGUUUCUGUCUGAAUGUGUGGUGAGGAAACAGGAAAGGAUUUAAGGCAGGAGGGAUAGCUAGGUGGACCCAGAUUUGAAUCCUCAGCCUCCAUAUAAAAAGCUAGGUGUGGCUGCAUGUGCCUGCCUGUAACAUAGUGUGUGCUCUGUGUGUGUGUGUGUGUGUGUGUGUGUGUGUGUGUGUGUGUGUGUGUGUAUAAGAGGAUCACUGGAGCUUACUGACUGGCAGCCUAGUCUUUCAGUGAGAGGACAUGUCUCAAAGGAAUGAGGGAGGAGGAGUAUGAAAGAGCAGGGCAUAGGAUGUCUUUCUCAGUUAUUCACAGCGAGCACACACAUCCCACGCCCACACACGCACAUAUAAACAAGAGAAGACAGGAUUUAUGAUACAUUGAAGAAAUUAAUGAUCUGUUGGAGGAUGGAUAAAACCACGAAUAACUAUAGAAAGAUCUUUUCACCAAAUGAAUAAAGAAAAGAGGAAAAGAAGAGGUUUCUUCAAAUCUGUUUGAAACAGCAUCUCCUGUUUAAUACUUAAAAGCCUGACUUUGAACUUCUGAUCCUCCUGCCUCCAUCUCCCAAGGCCUGAGGUGCACCCUACUCUUUCUGAAGUGGAGGGUGUGAGAUCACACUCAGAGGUGGCACGGGGCGCCUUGCACUCACCUGCACG